AUGACAAAGUAAAAAUCAACUAUGCCAAUUACUAAGUAAUUUGGAAGUAUUUUGGGUUCUAAUAUGCAUGAUAUCGUUCUAAACAAGGAUCAUUAAGUGAAGAGACUACCGCCAAUCAGGUAUAUAAAUGGGUAGCUUGAAGAAAAUUUUGAACUUGAACACAUAUUCAAAGAAAUGUGUAACAAGGAUGAGUAGAAAUUUAGAAAUCCUCUGCUACAUAUUGACAACAUUAGAACUUUCUUAAAAUACAGAUAUGAUGACUAGUUAACAGAAAAAAUACUCUAAGGAUUUGGAUUUAAUAGUGUCAUGCGAUUUUCCAAUUACGUUGAGAAACUGAAUAAAUUCUUGUUGACAGACAUGUCAGCAAAAAUAAAAUUCUGCUUCGAACUUUAUGAUUAGAACUCAGAUGAAAAGAUUUGCUUAGUUGAUUUGUAUUGA